AUGGUUACAAUCCAGUUUGGUUCUGAAAUGGAGGAGGAACAGCGACAUAAGAAAGCACACAAAACAUACUACGACAUGCUUCAUUUCUUUACAGAUGCGCAACAGGAGAUUCCUAAAUUGUGCCCUUAUGGAUCAAUCACAAAGGAAAUUGUAGAUGAAGAGGACACAUAUGACUACCUCCCUGCAAAAAGAUACUUCAUCUGCAAAGACUUCGAGGCACAGGUGAGCAUACUGCUUAGGCGUGUGUCUGAACUUGAGAGAGUCCCGUGA